GACGCCUCUCGCGCCAUGGCAGGGGCCGCCGUCGUGCGGGCCGGGUGGCUGCUGCGCCAGGCGGCCCCCUCAGCCCCCUACUGCACCCACUUCGGGGCCGAGGCACCCGGCGCUGCUGCAGCUGCGGCCGCCGCUCAAGCCCCGCAGCCCAGGCCGCCUUAUGGCAGCAGGAAGCCGCAUGCCCGACGACCGGCAGGAGCGACUCCCGCGGACGAAGACCCGGCCGCCCGAGCCUUUUCCAGCAGCGCUCCGGCUCCCGGGCCUGACAAUAAGAGUUUUCUUUGGGCUCGGUAUGGGGAGAUGAAGCGGUUGGUGCACGAUUUACUCCCCCCAGGAGUCUGCAAUCUUCUGAACCCUUCAACCAUCUAUGCUAACAAUGAGAUUUCGCUCAGCACUAUUGGCGUCUACGGCUUUGACUACGACUACACACUGGCUCUGUACUCUCCGGCCCUCCACUCUCGCAUCUACAAUACUGCUCGGGACAUCCUUGUGGAGCAGUAUAAGUAUCCAAAGGGUAUCUUGAAGUAUGAAUACUGGCCCAACUUUGCCAUCCGAGGCUUGCACUACGACAUUGCCAAGGGUUUUCUCAUGAAGAUCGAUGCCUUUCAUUACAUUCAGCUGGGCACUGUGUAUCGGGGCUUGAAACCUGUUCCCGACGAUGAGGUGCUGGAGAUGUAUGAUGGCACCCACCACAUCCCCCUGCACCAGGCUAGUGGCUUCUAUGGAAAGGGCCCAGCCAUCAAGCAGUUCAUGGACAUCUUCUCUCUGCCUGAAAUGACCCUCUUGGCUGUAGCCAAUGACUUCUUCAUCACCCAUGACAUAGAUUAUGACCCCAUCCAUCUCUACAAAGACGUGACGGAUGCCAUCCGAGAUGUCCAUAUCAAAGGUUUCAUGUACAAGUGGAUUAUGCAGAAUCUAGAGGAGUACAUUCUGCGUGGGGAUGAGACGUAUGCUGUGCUGCACCGCCUGGUUAAGAACGGCAAGAAGCUCUUCCUCAUCACCAACAGCCCUUUCAGCUUUGUUGAUAAAGGGAUGCGCUACAUGGUGGGUAAAGACUGGCGAGACUUCUUUGAUGUGGUCAUAGUCCAAGCAGACAAACCUCAUUUCUUCAAUGAUUGUGUCAAACCUUUCCGGCGACUGGACAGCAAUGGGGACCUGCAGUGGGACAAAAUAAAUAAGCUGGAAAAGGGGCAAGUGUAUAAGCAGGGCAACCUCUUUGACUUCCUCCGGCUGACAGGCUGGCGUGGAUCCAAAGUGCUUUACUUUGGAGAUCACCUUUACAGUGACCUGGCGGACUUGAUGCUACGGCAUGGCUGGCGGACAGGGGCCAUUGUUCCAGAACUGGAAACAGAGACAAAAAUGGUGAACACAGAACAGUACUCACAAGCACUCACCUGGCUGCAGGCCUUGACUGGGUUGCUGGAGCGCAUGCAGAAAUUCCAGGACCCAGAAUCCCAGCAGGUGCUGCAGGACUGGAUGAAGGAGCGGCAGGAGCUCAGGGCACUCACCAAGAACCUCUUCAAUCCUCAGUUUGGCAGCAUCUUCCGCACAUGUCACAACCCCACCUAUUUUUCCCGCCGCCUGUGCCGCUUCUCAGAUGUCUACAUGGCCUCACUCAGCUGCUUGCUGAACUACGACCUCAAUUACACUUUUUACCCAAGGCGCACUCCAUUGCAGCAUGAGGCUCCCCUCUGGAUGGAUCAGCUCUGCACUGGCUGCAUGAAGACACCGUUUUUGGAAGAGAUGGCACACAUCCGCUGAGAACUGUGGGGCAGUGGCAGGCUUACCUCUGCUUCACAUCCUCUAGGUAGCCUGGCUUUGGUACUGAAGGGUCGAUUUUCUUAAAUUAGAAUCCUCUGUGGUCUGUGGGUGUGUGUGUGUGUCAAACUUGCAAAGCAAGAGUGCCAAGUAGGAGUUCUGCACUCGUUAAGGCCUGACUCACCUGUGUUCAGUGGUCUUGCGUCUUCACUCUUGCUUACAGACAUAAGCGCACUGCCUUGCUGGCAUCACCCGAGAUCCAACUAGUCUAGUGUUCUUUGCCAAAAACCUGGCAACCAGCAGGUGCUGGGUGGUCCAUGACAGCAGCCAAUCGAUAGAGCACGGUCUGCAUUCUGUCCUCACCUGUUCUAUGGUGUUUGGAAUUUUGUUCAUUCCAUGUCCAUACGGGGAGUGACUGGGACUGGGCUUCCAUUCGUUCCUCCCAUAUACACACACUGCUCCUGUUAAGCAGGAGGGGGCAAGCAUGCUUGGAUUUCUCACUCCAGUCCUCAGGCUUCUCAGCCUCCUCCUGUGGAACUCUGUAGAGCUACAGCAAUUCUGUAGUGUUUGAAGUUUACAUUUCCCCUGCACUGUGGGGUAGGGUUUUUUCCUGGCUUGGAACAGAGAGGGGUACAGGGUACUGUGUUGGGGAAAGCGGUGGGGAGAGAAAGAUCUUGCUUCUCACUGGUGUGGGAGGGACAGGAGGUGCUAUUGGAUUGGGAAGGGCGUUCUUAGAUGUUAACUGGAAUUUUGAAAUUGUAAUAAAGAUAAGUGUGAAACCUA